UUUGUGAUGUCUGGUGACCGGCUGGAGACUCAGCAGCUCCGCUCCGGUCCGCUCCGCACGGCGGCGGCAGCGGCGCGGUUUCCGGGUAUUUCCGUCUUUGUGCACACGGCACCAGGUUUGGUGCAGAGCGCACAAAACCAACGUGUUUCUGUUUACCUCCCGUGUGUGUAUCAAGUGAAACAGACACGCGUGGCCGCUCGGUGGUGGUGUGGACCGGAUAGGUUUUAUGGUUUGAUUUCACCGGCGGACCGAGGUCGAGGCUGGGGCGGGAGCAYGAGGCCCGAGCUCGGCCCGGAGCCGCAGAGCGAGGAGAUGAGUGCAGCUGUCCUGGCAGUCGUGUUGCUCCUCGCCGUCACUGAUGUUUCUGGAGGUUUGGACUGCAGCCCGUCCGCCGCGGAGGCGAACGGCGGGCGGCGCGUCCUGUCGGCUGUGGUCGACACGCAGAGAGCCGAGCAGAGCCGGAGGCAGCACCUGGAGGCUCUGUUCGACAGGUAUGGAGAAAACGGAACCAUCUCUCUGGACGGUCUGAGGCGUCUGCUCCGGAGCGUUGGGCUCGAUCGCAUCAGAACCAUCAUGGUGAAGCAUCGAGAGCAAGCAGGUCAUCACCAUGAAGGUCACCAUCAUCACCACCACCACCACCACCACCAUCAUCAUCAUCAUCAUAACAGUGACCAGCAGCCACACAGGAACCAGUCUGAACCCAGUAACCUUACCUCUGAGAACCGGACCGAGGAUCUGGACCGGCAGCUCCACCUGCAGGACCUGAAGCCCACGGUGACGGUGUCGUUGGAUCAGGACGUCAGAACCACGGUGGUGAACGGCGCCCAGCUGGUGGUCGUACCACGAGGCGGAGGCUCGGACCAGUCGGGUUCUGCAGGACAGGAGACCGCCACGGUCACUGCAGCCAGAGUCAGGAUGGGGGGGCGUGACCACGAUGAUCACACACAUCUGAACCAGGGUCGACUCCAGAACCACAGCCUGGACCGGACCGAGUGCCUGAACGCCUCCCGUCUCCUCUCCUCACAUGGGAUGUCUCAGGAAGUGGGCGUCGGCCUGGAUGACUUCAGCUUCCUGUGCCCCGCCCUCUUGAAUCAGAUAGACAGGAAAGCGUGCGUCGUGCACCGAGAGGUCCCCCGACACCAGGAGAGAGAGCAUAAGCAUCAUAAACACGCUCACCAUGGAGCCCACAACCACUCCAUSCACAACCAGAGCGAGAGCUCCAGAAGCAUCACAACAGCGUGGCUCGGCGGCUUCCUGUCCAUCACCAUCAUCAGUCUGCUGUCUCUGCUGGGCGUGGUCCUCAUCCCCCUCAUGAACCGAGUCUUCUUCAAGUUCCUCCUCAGCUUCCUGGUGGCGCUGGCUGUGGGGACGCUGAGCGGAGACGCCUUCCUGCACCUCAUCCCCCACUCUCAGGGCGGCCAUCAUCACCACGAGGAGGUGGAGCCUCAUCUCCACCAGGAGCCAGACCAGAACCUGGACGCCGUGUGGAAGGGCCUGACCGCUCUGAGCGGCGUCUACUUCAUGUUCCUGAUCGAACACUUCCUGACGCUGGGGAAAAUGUACAAAGACAAGAAACAGAAGAUCCACAAGAAAUGGGACCAGAACGACAAAAACCCAGAGAAGCCGCCGGCUCUGGAGAACAUAAAACCAGCUGAAGACUUGGAGACGAACGGUGCCGGCAUGUUUGGCGAGCCUCUGAGCGGCGGCGUGGCGGAGGAGGAGCAGGUGAUGUUGGCGCCGCAGGUGUCCGUCAUCUCGCCGCCGCAGGGCUACGACCGGCCCUCGGGCUCCGACGACUACACYGACGAGGACUGCGAGAACAAGUGCCACUCCCACUUCCACGACACGGUGGGCCAGGCCGACAGCAUGCACCACCACCACCACGACUACCACCACAUCCUGCACCACCACCACUCCCAGAACCACCACCCCCACAGCCACUCCCACUCCUACUCAGAGAAGCACUUCCAGCAGGCGGGCGUGGCCACGCUGGCCUGGAUGGUCAUCAUGGGAGACGGGCUGCACAACUUCAGCGACGGCCUCGCCAUCGGAGCUGCUUUCACUGAGAGUCUGUCCAGUGGUCUCAGCACAUCUGUGGCUGUUUUCUGCCAUGAGUUGCCUCAUGAGUUGGGUGACUUUGCGGUGCUGCUGAAGGCGGGGAUGACGGUGCGUCAGGCCAUUCUCUACAACGUGCUGUCGGCCAUGAUGGCCUACCUGGGCAUGGUGACGGGCAUUGUGAUCGGACACUACGCCGAGAACAUCUGCAUGUGGAUCUUCGCCCUGACGGCCGGACUCUUCAUGUACGUGGCCCUGGUGGACAUGGUGCCGGAGAUGCUGCACAACGACGCCGGCGACCACGGCUUCAGCCACUGUGGCUUCUUCCUCCUGCAGAACGCCGGCAUCCUGCUGGGCUUCUGCAUCAUGCUGCUCAUCGCUCUGUUCGAGCACAGGAUCCAGCUGGACCUGGGGAUCUGAGGGGGGCCGCUGGGGUCCCGGGGCGUCUCCGUCUGAUUGUUGUGGACAGGCUCCACCCACCUUUUAGUUUCCAUCCUGCCCAGUUUAAACUAAGACAAAGACUGAAGGAAGCUGCUGGAGACAAGCUAACUUUGAUGCUGCUGGGACUCUGAAGACCUUAGAUUCCUGCAGCUACUUCCUGUUUUAUAAACUCGACUUGUUUCUGUGUUCUGUUACUUCCUGUUUUAUAAACUCGACUUGUUUCUGUGUUCAGUUACUUCCUGUUUUAUAAACUUGACUUGUUUCUGUGUUCAGCUACUUCCUGUUUUAUAAACUCGACUUGUUUCUGCGGAACAAUCAAGUCUUUUUUCAGUUUGCUCUUCAGAACUCUGUUAGGAGCCGUGUUUCAGCGCAGUGCAGGAGUUUUUGUUGCAGCAGAUAUAAGAAGCUUCAUGUUUACUUUAUUUAGUUUUUAUAAGUUAGGAUUUAAAACGGCAGCUGGAGUCAGAAGAAACCUGUUGAAGUUUCUGUGUUUCUCUAAUGUUUAGGUCAAAGUUGUGGUCCUGUGAGGCUGACAGGUCCAGGAUCAGUGGAUGUAAAUACUUGGAUGGACUGUUGGGACUUUUUGUUGUUCAACACAAACACUGUGACCAUUAAUGUGGGAGAAAAGUCAUUAAAACUGUGAAGUGGAGAAAACUCUCCUGUUUCUGA